AGGCGAAAGCGCACAGCGCUGCGCCGGGGCCGGAGCCAGGACCGCGAUGGCAGCUCAGCGGCUGGGCAAGCGCGUGCUGAGCAAGCUGCAGUCUCCAUCGCGGGCCCGCGGGCCUGGGGGUAGCCCCGGGGGUCUGCAGAAGCGACACGCGCGUGUCACCGUCAAGUAUGAUCGGCGGGAGCUGCAGCGGCGGCUGGACGUGGAGAAGUGGAUCGACGGGCGCUUGGAAGAGCUGUACCGCGGCAGGGAGGCAGAUAUGCCUGAUGAGGUCAACAUCGAUGAACUGUUGGAACUAGAGAGUGAAGAGGAGAGAAGCCGGAAAAUCCAAGGACUCCUAAAGUCGUGCUUGAACCCCACAGAGGACUUUGUCCAGGAGCUGCUGGUGAAGCUGCGAGGCCUCCACAAGCAGCCAGGCCUCCGCCAACCCAGUCCCUCUGGUGACGGCAGCCUGAGCCCCCUCCAGGACUGUGCCCGGACCGCACCUCCCUGACCCUCUCUGGCUUCUGUGACACCCUCCCUCCCUCUCCGUCCCCUCCAACCCCCAACACUGUCCUGGCUUGUUUGUAAGUUGUAUUUAAUGGUUCUGUAACAAUAACACUGUGUGCCUGUUUUUCCUCUC